AUGAGCCCAACUCUCAGCAAUAUUAUAUCUUCCCUGCAAAGAAGCGGGACCUUUAUCAAUUCUUUAAUUGCUGCUUUGACCAUUGGUGGGCAGCAACUCUUCUCCUCUUUCACAUUCAGCUGUCCCUGUCAGGUUGGGAAAAACUUCUAUUAUGGUUCUGCUUUUCUGGUCAUUCCUGCCUUAAUCCUUCUGGUUGCUGGCUUUGCUCUGAGAAGCCAGACGUGGACAAUAACCAGUGAAUACUGUUGCAGCUGUUUUCCACCACCCCGAAGAAUCAGCCGCCUGGAGCGCAAGCUGGCUUGCCUUCAGUUCUUCAGCAUCACCGGGAGGGCGCUUGUUGCUCCAUUAACGUGGCUGGCGGUGACCCUGCUGACAGGUACCUAUUACGAAUGUGCAGCAAGUGAAUUCACCUCUGUGGACCAUUACCCAGCGUUGGACAAUCUCAGUGCUAGCAAACGGGAAGAGAUCCUAGCUGGAUUUCCAUGCUGCAAACCAGCUCCACCUGACCUGGUCCUGAUCCGAGAUGAAGUAGCUCUUCUGCACAGAUACCAAUCACAAAUGCUGGGCUGGAUUUUGAUCGCCUUGGCAACCAUCACGGCCCUCAUCUCCUGCUCUUUGGCGAGGUGCUGCUCUCCGCUCACGGCUCUGCAGCAUCGCUACUGGACCAACCACCUCCACAAUGAGCAGGAGCUCUUUGAACAAGCAGCUGCCCAGCACUCGAGGCUCCUCAUCAUGCAGCGUAUAAAGAAGCUAUUUGGCUUCAUUCCCGGAAAUGAAGAUGUCACACGCAUCCGUAUUCCCUCGUGCCAGGACUGGAGAGACAUUUCAGUACCCAGUUUUCUCUGUGUGGGUGAUGACUUGCAAGGUCACUAUAGCUUCCUUGGAAACAGGGUAGAUGAGGAGAAUGAGGAAAGCAAGUCAGGGGGUAUUGAAUUAAAACCUUAG